AUGAAAAAUUUAUUGAUCUUGCAGGCAACGCUAGUAUUCCUAUUAGCAACGGCCUCGAUCACCCUGACGAGGUGUCAGGAGCCAGAGAUCUCCGACAAGGGUUUAGAUGUGAGCCCACCACCCAUAAAAUUAGAUAAAAACCUUCGCCGGGCGCUUCUAAAAGCUCUGACCGACUUAGAAACCGAAUCCGCGGAGCAGCACAGGGACGAGUCAGACACGAUCGUUCAGAGGGACACUAGUGCCUUCGAGGGUGUCGCGAAAAAGAACCUGAACGAUGAUCUCGGCGUGCAGAAGACCACGUUCUCGUUCAAGAGUUUUCCAAGCGAGGACGACGUGCCCAGCGAAGACAAAUUACAGAAUUCCAGUUUCGACCAGGCCGUUCAUUACGUAACGCUGAAGACGCCUGCGAUGAACAUCGAGAAAGCAACGCAGGAAGACGCCAGGAGCUUUCACGUUCAUAACGUUAUACAGCCGGUGAAGAAUACCGCGUCCUUCGGUGACAAAACUGAAUCGAAGUCGGAGCAGAAAGAGAAAACAUCGUCGGCUACUUUGAAGACGUUUUCAGUGAGUAAAGUGGAGAGUGUAACAUUGAGACCAAUGACGGAGAUUUCUGAGAGCCUAACCGGAAGUGCGACCAAUGGUUUCGCGACUGCGAACGUCUUAAUUAUGCAAAAUCGAACGAAGAUCGCCACUGCAAAUGCGCUCGUUUCUCCAAAGCCGACCGCAAGCACUGUCACUGCUUCGGCAAGAAUCAACGCGACGAUAUCCAGUUCAAGCGACGCCAGAGAUAAAACUGAGGAAGUCAAGAUCUUCCAAGCUCCCCUGGUAGCAGCGUUCACGGUUCAACAGGACGAGCAAGGCGUGCCUAAAAGCGUGGUGCCGAUCUUCAAAUCUCCGAACGAUGAACAGGCCUUGACUCUCCAGGAACAGUUGGAUUUUAAACAAAAACUUCUGGAGAAACAAUUAGCAGAUCUUCAACAACAGCAGAUCCAGCAAACGCAGUUUUUGGUUAGACAGCAGCAACUGUACGAACAACAACUGAGACAGAAGCAACAACAGCAAUACUAUUUUCAGGAGCAAGCUAGAAUAAAACAGCUAGAGGAACAAACUAGGCUCAAGCGACUGGAAGAACAAAGAAUUAAACAAUUAGAGGAACAGCGAUUGAAAUUUGAAGAACAGAAACAGAAUCACUUCCAGUCGCAACGUGUUGUACCGCAAAAACAAUUUUUCUUCGAUCAGAACAAUAAUUUUUUGACGUUACAACCACCUUCCGAAUCGAACGUUCAUCUUCAGCCUAGUGUAUCUCUAGAAGUGCCGAACGUUGCCGCGCCUCAAGCGUUCCAGCAAGGUUUCCAACAGGAAUCAGCACGGUUGCAAUCAUUCCGUCCGCAAUCGCAACAUCCUCAGCAACAUCCUCAGCAACAAGUUCAAUCCUUGUCACAUUUGCAGCAGUCACAACAACGAUUGCAACCGUUCCAACAACUGCAACAUUUACAACAGCCACAGCAGUUACAACAUUUGCAAUCGCUACAACCGCAGCAACAGAGACUCCAGCAAAGUUUUGGCUCUUUUUCAACCGAAUUCCAGCCUCCCUUGGGUUCGUCACGAUUCAAUCGACAGGAGGCUUUCAACGCGGUUGGGAACUUCGGAUUCAACGCGGACAACAGAAUCAGGAACAACUUCGAUUUUAACGCGCCACAAAGGACUCCAGCCAAUUUCUACAACCCUUUUACGCAAUAUAGGCAAGCGAAGCCUCCCACGCCCGCGAGGCAGAUACAACACCUUUUAUAUCAAUCCGGAAUCGCGGGCGAGCUGAAUAACGUGCCAGGGAUCGGCAACCAGGAGGAUUUGAACAUCGUCUCCAAAGUUUUGGCUUUGAACGUGGGCGCCGUGCCAAAUAAGAAUCUACACUUCGCGACGAAUCAGGCGUCGUUCGGAAAAUCGUCCGCGUGAAGAAUCAACCGGAGCUUGGAGUUAGACGAGUCAUGUAAAUCGAUCUGCAGGACGAUAUUAUUAAGGUGAAAUCGAGUUCUCUCUUUUUUCCGUACUCGAUCUGUGGUCAAAUGGUAAGACCUGCCUCUUAAUUUUAUUACUGAAUAAUAUCAUAUUUUUCUAAACGUCAUCUGGAUUUAAAAACCAUUUGACCACAGAUUUGAUUUUCCUCGUUUCGAAUCCGACAUACUGUUUCGUG